UUGACGUGGGUAAAUCCUCGUUCUUGAGCGCAACGGGGAAUGCCGAAGUGGUAUUCAAGCUGAUGUGAUUGACCCCUGCGAAUAUUCGGAAGCCCUCUAACCUAAACAGGUCCUGCUAUGGUGAGGUGUGUCAGCGAUGACGGAUGUGGAGGCGACCUACGAGGACUUCAUCGCCUCUCAACGGUCCGGCCGCAGGAACGCCAUCCAUGAAAUCCAAGGGGCCCCCGGAGCGCAGGGACCCACUGACCUGUCGCAGAGUCUGGCACAGCUCAAUAUCAACAAAUCAGGUGAUGAGGGAGAAGAUGCUGAGAAAAGCCAGGACUCUCCAGCUAAAGAAGAAGAGACUCAAGGUGAGGGCAAAGGGUAGUGGACUCAAGACCACUUCUUUUUGGUCUGCCUGAAUGCCUAGCCUCUGACUGGCCAGUUGCAUCAAUUGACUAUCAACACACAAAGCCAAAUUCUCUACUGCCAUCAUCCCACCAUCAGGAAGUCAUCAAUGUGGCAACCACAGUGCAGUUUCACUUGGGUGUAUUUCAAUGUCCUUAAAAGCAUUCUUUCCUUGCUGCCUUUCCUUUAUUAUGGUUGUUGAUAUGAGAUUGGAUGUGAUGGAUGAUGGACGGUGAACGCGCCAUGACGUCAACAACCAAAACCAGCCCUGUGUGUCUGUCAGUGGCACUGAGAGGAAGGAUUUUGGAGCAGGCGCAAGCGUUUCCACGGAAUUAAAACUCUGUCUUCCCUCCCUCACAUGCCUCGAAUCAAUCACUACAGGUGUGGCCAAAAAAAUUCAAGGAUCCUGGGAUAGUGAUUUGACACCCACUCUUCUUCUGCUCUUACUGCAUCAGUGACUGCACACAUGUACUUUCCCUGUUUGUGCUCAUUGUUAACUACUUCCAAUCUCCCUCAAUGACUUUUUUUGGAAUGUUUUUUUUUUUUUAUUAUUAUUAUUAUUUUGGGCUGGACAUGAAUCUAGCUCUAUGCAUCUGCUAUAUUUUGGAAGGCUUGUUGGAUUUCUCACAACUGCACUCCA